CGCUCUCUGUUUACUGUGCCAUGCUGGUGUCAUGGCGGGAUCUGGCGAACAUGCCGACGGAGCUCCGCCGUUUAUGUACCGAAUUCUAUCGGCACUGUUCUAUGGAUUCGCGUCUUUUAUGAUCAUUGUGAUCAACAAGGUAGUCCUCACAACGUACAAGUUUCCAUCUUUCCAGUUCUUAGGACUGGGACAGAUGCUUGCCACUGUAAUUGUAUUAUUUAUAGGCAAAUGCUUACAUAUUGUUAACUACCCAGAUUUAAGACCAGAUGUGAUAAAAAAGAUAUUUCCUCUGCCGCUGUUCUACCUUGGCAAUCUCAUAUUUGGUCUUGGUGGAACCAAAAAGCUCAACUUGCCUAUGUUUACAGUGCUGAGGAGAUUUUCCAUAUUAAUGACAAUGAUAUUAGAGUACUAUAUCCUAGGGGUGAAAGCCUCUUAUAAGGUGCAAUUCUCAGUAUUCUGUAUGAUAUUUGGUGCAAUCGUGGCAGCAAGUGGUGAUCUUGCCUUCAACUUCUGGGGUUAUACCUUUCUUCUGCUGAAUGACAUAACCACGGCUGGGAAUGGGGUAACAACAAAAAAAAAGCUCGAGUCAAAAGAAUUGGGCCAGUAUGGUAUAUUAUACUACAAUGCAUUAUUUAUGCUGUUACCAGCAACUUUAAUUUGUGCCUAUACAGGAGAUAUACAAAAGGCAACAAACUUUGAGGGAUGGGGAAAUGCCUGGUUCCUGUUACAGUUCACCUUGUCCUGUUUGAUGGGCUUUGUCCUUAUGUAUUCUGUUGUAAUGUGCACACAUUAUAAUUCUGCUUUAACAACAACCAUUGUUGGGGUUUUAAAGAAUUUAUUGGUGACCUACUUGGGGAUGAUAAUAGGAGGAGACUAUAUCUUUAGUAUAACAAACUUCACUGGAUUAAAUAUAAGCUGUGCAGGAAGUGUUUUCUACACGUACAUCACAUUUAGAGAAAAGAAGAAGAAGACUGAAACAGUAUCUACCUCAGAAGGUAAUGAGCAAAGUCAAGAGCAAUACAAUACCAGCAGUAUACCAAUCUCCCCACGUACCAAUGUGCAUGGCAUGCAGCAGAAUAACCCAAUAACUAACGCUGAAAAUGUGUAGUGAUAUUUUCUUCAAGCUCCUGUAGUUUAAAAUGGAUUUUACUAUGCACCUGUUUGACAGUCUGUCGGGUGUUAUGCCAACUGCGAAAAAUUCUUAGUUUCAACCAUCUCAUGUUUGAUUUCCUUUUGGAGUAAGGCCACAUGGAUAUUUAUUGGAUGCAUGCAAACUUACUAUUGGGAAUAUUUUGUGUAUCUUAUUUAUUAUAAAGAUUCUAUUUUUGUAUUGGCUACAUUCUGCACCAACUUAACUGCAUGUAAGUAGAGCCUGGGGAAUACGUGUGAGCAUGUGAUAAACAUAUUUUUGUAUUUAUUAGCAAACUGUAUUAUAAUCAGAGCAUAAACUGGUCUUUAGGGAGUGUUUCUGUGGUUUGUUUGUAAUACCACAUGUGUUAAUUUUAAUGUCAUUAUUAUUUCAGUGUUUCAUUAUCAUUUUCAUGCACAAAUUGAGCUUUUGCUUGACAUGUUCUAACAAUACAAGAAGCAUUGAGAAACAGGCAUGGUUUUUGGUUGAAGAUCUGCAAAAUGUUGUGAAUCAAUAUAUUGAUAUGUAUGUAAUUAUACAAAGUGUCAUUUAUUCUUAUUUUGUUGUGAUUUAAAAGAUUCAAGGAUAUGAUAGAAAUAGAGGUAACUUUUAUAUUGAUUUUGCUUUUAAAUAGGGCUAUAUAGCCUGCUUGUUAGAUGAUUUGAAGAUCAAAUAUCAGGUCUUCCUGUUAUCGUUGUGUCAUGCUUUGGUGCUUCUAAAAUGAUUUACUGCAUAUGGUUCUGAUGAUUUCAAAACAGGCAUGAGACAUUGUGCAAUUGCUCCAUCUCUUCUGAGUGAAGUAGAAAAAGAUAGGAAAUAAUUACACAGUUGUUUUGGAGCAACUGCAAGCUAACUUCAUGGUUCAGUGUUGUAUGAUUUUGCACACUUGCUGCUUAAGAGCUUAAAAGCUAACAUUCAUGCAAUUUAAGGUGCUGGUGAUUAGUGGUUGAUAUGAUCUACAAUUUUAAAAAAAAUUUAUAGUAUAUUAUUUAAGUAUGACAGAAUAUAUAUGAUUAUAAAACUGUUUUGAAUGUUACGUGACAGUAUUUUAGGCUGUUGUCAUCAUCAUGAUUUGACACUUUUUUACUUCAACAGAGGGCAGCAGCUAUCCUUUGUUGAUGAUGACCU